AAAUUGGAAGUUCGAAGCAAAAUUUGGAAAGCGAGUGACUGAGGAAGUUGCCCAUACACAAUGACAUGACAUUUAAUCGAUUUCUAUGAUUGAAUUUGAUACUCGUACCCAAUUUCAAUUUCUCGUCCAUAAUUGCUAAGAGAUGUGAUGAAGACGUUUGUGAUCGAGAGAUGCCGUCUUCGACUUCGAGCAGGGAGGUCAGCUCGCUCUCUUAUUUCAACUCGAUUCAUAGCGGCUCCAAGCGAAAGCACCGGACAAGGGAAUGCUGUUUUGAUGCGGACAAUGGGCGUCAGCCAUCUUCCAUAAGCAUCCAAGCGAUCAGACUGGCAUGCACAAGAAAGUUGCGGUCCUCUCGAUUUGUACUGCAUGAUUUGGUUGGUUGUACUACUGGUACUUGCAUCAUCAAGACACCAUAACACUGUAUAUGUUUCUCCUUGUCUCUCGAUCGAGAUGAUGAAACCUUCGAUUUUGAGGUUUUCUUCCGCGUGGGUGAGAUCUCUUGUUCUCGCUGCUUAAGUAUUUUUGAUCCGUUUGCUUUGAUGGGUUUGUGGAAACCCUACGAUGUGAUAUCGCCAUGACUAUUGCCCUACCAUCAAAAUGCCCCUUUGACGACGUUGUUCCAGGUCGAAUCUCGUCGUUGAAUGGAGGAACGGAGAAGGAACAAGAAGGGAAUGCCUGCGACUGGCCGAUUCGAGAUCGCGCAAAUGGGGGAGCUUGAAGAGCUGCAAGAGAUCGAGAAAGUUGAGGACCUGGAGGAGGCAAUGGAGGCGCCGGUCCUCGGGCCCAACGGGACGAUUCCUCCAUGGUCGAAGCAAAUAACCGUCCGCGGGAUCGCCGCCAGCCUCGCGAUCGGGAUCAUCUACAGCUUCGUGGUGAUGAAGCUCAAUCUCACUACCGGCCUCGUCCCCACUCUCAACGUCUCCGCCGCCCUCCUCGCCUUCGUUGUCCUAAAGUCUUGGACCAAACUGCUCCACAAGAUUGGCGUCGCGACGACCCCCUUCACGCGGCAGGAGAACACCGUGGUGCAGACCUGCGCCGUGGCUUGCUAUAGCAUUGCAGUUGGAGGUGGAUUUGGAUCUUAUCUUUUGGGGCUGAACAGGAAGACCUACGAGCAAGCAGGGGUGGAUACACCAGGGAAUUCUCCAGGAAACUAUAAAGAACCUGGGAUUGGCUGGAUGACUGCAUUUCUUUUUACUGUUAGUUUUGUUGGACUCUUGGCCUUGGUUCCUCUAAGGAAGAUCAUGAUCAUUGAUUAUAAGUUGGCAUAUCCAAGCGGGACGGCAACUGCUGUGCUUAUCAAUGGUUUCCAUACUCCUCGAGGAGACAAAUUGGCUAAGAAGCAGGUCUAUGGAUUCGCGAAGUAUUUCACAGUGAGUUUCCUGUGGAGCUUUUUCCAGUGGUUCUUCACAGGUGGAGUUGCCUGUGGAUUCUCACAAUUUCCGACCUUCGGUCUAAAAGCAUGGCAACAGACGUUUUUCUUUGAUUUUAGCCUGACAUAUGUUGGAGCUGGCAUGAUUUGCUCGCACAUCGUAAAUCUCUCACUCCUUCUUGGAGCAGUUAUUUCCUGGGGAAUAAUGUGGCCACUAUUAAGCAGCCUUAAAGGUGAUUGGUAUUCCGAUAGCUUGCCGGCGAGUAGCAUGAGAAGCUUACAAGGAUACAAGGUGUUCAUAUCGAUUGCGCUGAUCCUCGGAGAUGGUCUCUAUAAUUUCUUAAAAGUUUUAGCUUUCACUGUGAGAAGCAUGCAUUCUAGAGCAGUAUGCAACAAUCCUAACAAAGUGGCAGACUUAGACCGCGACAAUGAAAUCCUUGAUGAUAAGCUGCACAAUGAGUUAUUCGUAAAAGAACACAUACCGGUGUGGCUGGUCUACUCUGGAUAUGUCCUUUUCGCUGUGAUUUCCAUUAUCUCGAUACCUCUUAUGUUCCCAGAGUUGAAAUGGUACUAUGUGGUCGUAGCUUACAUUCUUGCACCAGCUCUUGGUUUCUGCAAUGCUUACGGCACUGGCCUGACGGACAUGAACAUGGCCUACAACUAUGGCAAAGUGUCGCUCUUCAUACUCGCUGCAUGUGCUGGGAAGGAGUCCGGUGUAGUUGCCGGCCUUAUUGGCUGUGGGCUAAUAAAGUCGGUCGUGUACAUUUGUGCUGAUCUGAUGCAUGAUUUCAAAACUGGGCAUCUCACACUGACAUCCCCGAGAUCAAUGCUUCUCAGUCAGGCCAUCGGAACAGCCAUGGGCUGUGUCAUUGCCCCCUUGACCUUCUUCCUCUUCUACAAGGCCUUCGACGUGGGGAAUCCAGAUGGGAAUUGGAAGGCUCCUUACGCAUUAAUUUACAGAAACAUGGCUAUACUUGGCGUGGAGGGCUUCUCGGCCCUCCCUCGUCAUUGCCUACUGCUCUGUUACGCUUUCUUCGGGGUUGCACUGAUAGCCAACAUGCUGAGAGAUGCUUUGCCAGCAAAGUAUGGAUCCUGGGUACCUCUCCCAAUGGCCAUGGCAGUGCCAUUUCUCGUCGGUGCUAGCUUCGCCAUCGACAUGUUUGUUGGAAGUGUGAUAGUUUUCGUCUGGCAUAAGCUUAACAGCAAAAUUGCCACUUUGAUGGUGCCUGCUGUUGCAUCUGGUUUGAUCUGUGGAGACGGAUUGUGGAUUCUGCCAUCAUCUUUGCUUGCCUUGGCUAAGAUCAAUCCUCCUAUUUGCAUGAAGUUUGUAGCUGGUUCAUAGAGACGAGCAAACCGGCUGGAGAUACACCACACACCAUGCUUUUGCACAUGAAACCAUUUACGAUAUGAAUUCAUCUCCUUCGAAAUAUAAAUUAUGCCAUAAGCAAGAAUAAGGCAUCAGCUUUUCCUCAGAGAUCAAGGGAAACAGAAAUGGAAAAAUAGGAGCUAAUUUUGCUUUUUUGUUCUAUCGAAACAAGAGAAUCAAGUCUUCUCUGUUGUUUCUCUAUUGUAGACUAUGUUUUAUCUUCAUCCGUGUGCUGAGACCUUCAAGUAUGUGUGUAUUUAGUGGAAAGGGUUUGUAACUCUUCACAUUGGUUAAACUUUUUAAGUUUCAUCUUUGUUUUA